GCAAGGUAGAGAAAACGCAGACAUGAGGACGCACACUCUUUUGACCGUAGCGCUGCUGGGCCUGCUGCUGUGGACCUCCUGCUCCCAGGCAAGCGACACAGAAUCCAAAGAAGAAGAAACACAAGAAGACUCAUCGAAGGAGACGGAGACGACAGAAGAGACUCCAGGAGAGGAGGGGGAAACCGAAGAGGCAACAAAAAAAGAGAAAACAACGGAGAUAGAGGAGGAGAACAAUGUGAUGGUUCUCCACAACAUCAACUUUGACAGAGCUCUCAGCGAGAAUCAAUAUCUACUGGUUGAAUUCUAUGCUACCUGGUGUGGCCACUGUAAAGAGCUGGAGCCUAUUUACGCUGAGGUUGCUGGGAUGUUGAAGGAGGAGGGAUCGGCGAUGCGUUUGGCCAAAGUGGAGGCCACAGAGGAGCCUGAGCUGACCCUGGAGUUUGAGAUCCAAGGCUUCCCUGUUCUGGAACUGUUCAUAAAUGGAGACCGCAAGAAACCCAUCAAAUACACUGGUAAAAGGUCAAAAGAGGGAAUAAUCCAGUGGAUGAAGCGUCAUGCAGGCCCCGGUGCUCCGGUGCUCGACUCAGCUGACUCUGCAGCUCAGUUCAUCGAGUCCCAUAACAUCACUGUUGUAGGAUUCUUUGACAACCUGGAAAGUGAGGCGGCCAAGGUGUUCAAGGCGCUUGCUCUCAAUUUUGAUGACGCAGAGUUUGCUCUGUCAGCGAGUCCAGAGGUUUUCCUGAAGUAUGAAGUUAAAGCCAACUCAGUGGUGCUUUUCAAAAAGUUUGACGAAGGCAGAGCGGACUUUCCGUUGUCAGAAGAAGGAGUGCUGAACCCAGAAAAUCUGACCGCCUUCAUCAAGCAAAACAGCCUGGAGCUGGUCAUCUCAUUCCGCCCGGAGACUGUAGAGCUGAUCUUCAACUCUGGCAUCCAUCUGCACAGCCUGCUGUUCAUCAACUCCGCUGUGGAGAGUCAGACAGCCCUGGUGGACAAAUCCAGGACCAUUGCCAAAGAGUUCAAGGGCAAGAUGCUGUUCGUUGUGAUUGACGUAGCAGCAGCUUUGGAUAAUGUGCUCAAUUACUUCGGCGUGUCCAAGACAGACGCCCCCACCGUGCGCCUCAUUGACAUGGAAACAGGGAAGAAGUUCAGCAUCGCUGCCGGCGAUCUCUCCAUAGAUUCACUGAGACAGUUGUGCCAGGAUGUUGCUGCCGGCAGUGCCAAGCCUUACUAUCGGUCUGAGGAGAUCCCAGAGGACUGGAAUAAAGGACCAGUCAAAGUCCUGGUGGGAAAGAAUUUUGAGUCCGUUGCUCUGGACCCGACCAAAAACGUCUUUGUGGAGUUCUAUGCUCCAUGGUGUGGACACUGUAAGGAUCUGACUCCCAUCUGGGAACAGCUGGGCGAAAAGUACUCCGACAGAGAUGACAUCAUCAUAGCCAAGAUGGAUGCCACUGCCAAUGAGGUGGAGUCGUUAACCAUUUCGGGAUUCCCAACUCUCAAAUACUUCCCAGCUGAUGGCAAAGAGGUGGUCGACUACACUGGAAACAGGGAUCUGGAGACCUUCUCUCGGUUCCUGGAGGAUGGAGUGUUGCCUACUGAAAGUAAUGAGGAGGAAGAUGAGUUUGACAAGGAAGGUGGUGGUGGUGGUGAUGAUGAGGAGGUUGCUGAGUCUGCAGAGGUACCGACCAACACAACAUCUAAGGAUGAGCUGUGAUGUCACUUUGGUUUUUUUCAACCAAUCAGUAUCUUACAAUUUUUCUUAAUAAAAUUAAUUUAGGUUAAAAACAUCAAUAUGUAGCUACUCAUUACUAUUUUGAAUGGCUUUCAAACUCUGUUUCAGUUUGUCUUGAUACUUGACAUGAUUUUCUACAGCACAAUCGUCACUGUAUGUAAAUAUUACAUUUAGUUUUUCUAAAUGUCAUGAAUAAAAAUCAAGACAUUGUUAAGUUUGA